GUGAGGGGAAAUUCAUCUUCACAGCACCGAAGACGCCUGGAGGCUGCAUUCCACUUCUCCAAGACCUAAGCCUACAGGAUGGGUCGCUUCCCAGCCCGGCUGCUAUUGCUGGCACUAGCAGGGCCCUGCAUUGCAGGAAAGGACCUGGAAAUGGUGAGAAGAGUGCGGGGAGGCGCGCUCACUACAGUGUGUCACUACAACGAACACAAGUAUUUACAAAGUGAGAAAUUUUGGUGCAAGGAGCUGUCAGACUUGGAAUGCCGCACCAUAGUCCAGAGCUCCCCCACAGCAGGAAGGAAUUCUCUAAAUUCUCCAGAUGCAAGGGUCAGCCUAAAAGACUUGGAAAUUGGCUGGAUUUCUGUGUCCAUGACGGAGCUCCGGGUAGAGGAUUCGGGAAUAUACUGGUGUGGCGUUUCCGAUCAUAUGAAGAUUAUCCCAUUGAAAAAGAUAAAAGUGGCAGUAUCUUAUGAAGCUCCCAUGAGGCUAUCUGCCAAAAAAGGAGACUCCAUCUCCCUAAAUUGUUCCUAUUUUAUGAUGGACGACAGCAGAAGACCUAAUAAUUUUACCUGGUGCAAAAUGAUAACCGCAACCAGAUGUCAACCUGUCGUCAGCGUUGAGAUUGAUCAGAUUGUAAAUAUGCGAGAAAGGACCAGGAUAAAGCUUGACCGGUGGAACAGAGUGAUUAUAGUGACGCUGGUGGCGCUCCAGCUACGUGACUCGGGGGAGUAUCAUUGUGAGACCCAUCUCCAGGGAAGUACCGUGCUACUGAAGAUGAUCACACUGAAUGUUUUGGAAUCUUAUGAUAGGACAGCUUUUGUGACUACAUCCCGUCCCAUUGACGACAUAGGAGCCGUCCUCCCAACUGCAGCCAGGAAUGAUCAGCAGAGCUGGUACUCUGAGGUCAAUCUCAAUGUCCUCUGUAUCAUGGUUGGAUUGCUGGGCACUAAAUUCCUGACAGCACUCCUGAUCUUUAUCAUCGCCAGCCAAAGGAGAAGCAGAGCCACAGAGCAGGAGAUCCACGGCCCGGAACAAAUACCAGCUCCUCCCACUCACAGGAUUAAAGAGAGGAAAGGAAAACACUAGUAAGACAAGGAUGUGAUGGAAGGAGAAGUAGGCAAAGAAAAAGAAUUCCAAGAGUCUUUCCAGCCAAGCUCCCAACUCCUCCAACACUUAUACAUAUACACGCAGAGAUGCUCACACAGAUAUUGACACCUGCAGAGAGAGACAUGCUUCGGAUGAGAAAGUUCUGCUCAGUUUUCCCAGUGCCUCCAGCCAUGAC